GAAUUGAUUAUAUCCAAUUCAUUUUCGACGAUGAUCACUUGAUUAGGAAAGAAGCGCCCCAAGCAUCCCUUCAGAGCAUCCUCUCGUAGCCAAUAGUUGGGGAUAUUUUGGGUAAUCUGACGUGGCAUUUCGGCGUCUGAUUGUUGCACAUCCACAAAAUUCGACUUUGGAAAUCGCAAUUCGCAAUCUCGUGAUGUUGUCAAUGCUGAUGAAACUGUGCCGACGAGCUGGUUGCAGCAGCCCUUUACAUGAGGCACACAGCCUCCAUGACUUGGCCGACACGGCUUAUUUGUAUCAGUAGAUCCCUUCAGGUGGUUCGAGCCUGCAGGCAGAGGAGGGCAGACAUUAUUGUACAUUAUAAUCAUGCCAGCCCUCAAUUGGCCAAGUUCACCACAUGUAGGCUCCCGACCGGUCAAUUGAGCUUCAAUCCUCCUAGCCUGCCGCAGCCCUCCAUUCGCAUUGGGUAGGUUGUGCCCCGACACUAAUUCGCCUGGGAUCCGCCAGAUGUUCACAGUUCAUGCCAUGGACAUUCAUUCACCGAGCAGUGCCAAUGCCCUCCUUACCUUGACAUUUAUAUGCCUUGCGCUAUCUACGCGAUUCGCAUCAUGUUUCUGCACACUUAGAUUUCGUGUUAGCAUGACCUGGGGCACAAUGAGCGCCUCGGCCGCAAACUGGGAGAGCACCUCGCCGAGAACGAGCACUGCCGGUAAGACCGACGUGGCAUGUGCCACUGUGCAUGCCUUCACCAGAUCAGGCGGGGUGAUUAACAAUGGAGGCUCUGCUCGCUGCAGAUGAGCACGAUUAGCACUGGACUCGCCAUGGAUUGGCUCUCUUGGGGUUCAGAUGAAGCCCCCGAGACCCCUGCCUGAUAACGUAGCACUGAUGAUCCUCCUCUGCGUUCUCUUCGCGUACGCGUAUUCGUAGCCUUCUUUAUAGCUACCCCAUAGGGCCCGUAUAGUAGGCUAUAUAAUUAGCUGUAGCCUUCGCUAACGAAGAUUGGAGUUGUUGAAGUUGGUGAAGUGUGUGGAGUUGAAGU